AUGUUCAUGUGCCAAUACAAACCAUGCCACGUCUUCCAUGAUCUUUGUGACAUCGCAUCCGAUGCCCAUGUUGAUAUUGUAUGCAUACUGUGUGGAAUUAGCAGCUAUGGCAUAGUCAUGCUGGAGCUCUUUACAUCCCAGAGAGCAAUCUUGCAGGAGGGAGACCACAACGUCAACAUCAGGCAAUGGGCUGAGCCGCUGCUGGCAGCAGGGGAUGUUGAAACCCUCAAAGACCCAUGCCUUGACGCUCCACCUGAGAUCAUUCUUCAACUGACCCAGCUGGCCCUGCAGUGCACAAGCAUGCCUGUAUCAAGCCGCCCCCACAUGGACCAGAUUGUAGUCAGACUGUCUGACUUGUACACAAAGCUAUUCGGGUAUGGCGAGGGUGCAAAUGGGGAGUCCGUUGACUCGAUUCUUGAGCGCAUUCAGCAUCCAGAUUACUCGUUGGAUGAGGCGAUUGCAAUGGCUGGUGCUGCAGGCAACCAAGGGAUCGGCGGAACAACAGGCGGCAGAGGUCGGCACGUGAAGGCGAGCGGGGAGAAGAGCCGCGCGGAGCGCGAGGAGAGCAGUGCGGGGAAGAGGCGGAAGAGGGAGGAGCCCGCGGGGAAGGAGGGGAACAUGACAGGUGCUGCUGCGGGCACCGAGCCUAAGGUCGGGGGUAGUGCGGCCGAAGGACAGGGGGAUAGCGCGGAAAUCGAGAAGAUGGCGGGAAGCGACUCUGAGAGCAAAGAGGAGUGGGGAGCGAACGGAGAGGAGGAUUUUGAUGUGGGGGCUGAGCUGCAGGAGCUGUGCGAUCGCGUGGUGGCGCUGGAGACGAAUGGGCCGGGUGCCAAGACGUGGGAGGUAAGUGCUUGA